AUGGGAGGAACAUUUCAGAACCAAAUAAUAGAUGAUUUAACUUCGUUAAUUGCUGCAAACGAAGAACGCUAUCCUAAUCAGUUUCCAUAUAUAGAUCAGUGGGGAGACGCUGUUGCAGGACAGGCUGAUGAAUUAUUACAGUGUCAAGCUGAAAUGGUUCGCCUGUGUGUGGUGAGACCGAAGGAAAAGGGGAAGUUGAGGUCAGCUCCCAGACGUACCAUAAAAAUAGCAGCUUCAGAGACAAAAGAGUCAGAGAAGAAAAGGAUUUUUGCCCAGGAUGAAGAGGAACUCUUUAGGCCUCCCCCUCCCUAUGCCUCAGCACCUGUAGGCAUUGUUGUGCCCCAGGCUAUGGGAGCUGCUGCUGUAGCGGACAGUGGAGAUAAGGACAGUGCUGUGGGGAUAGGGGAUCCCCAGGCAACAGGAGGGGUAGUGAGGAGAAAAGAGCCCAAGGAGGGUGGUUUAGGGGCUACAGGAAUUAGGAGAGAAGGGCCAGUGACUAGACGAUUAGGGGUGGAAAGGGCGAAAGCCGAGAAAGAGGAAAGUACGUUGUUAGAAGAAAAGGAAGGACUCUUUCCAUUAAGGGUAUCGGAACAACAGGUGGGAGUGGAUGCCCAGGGGGAUCCUGAAUACCGCCCUUGUUUUCAAUAUAUCCCCUUUUCAACCACGGAUCUAUUGAAUUGGCGGAAGCAUUUUGGUCCGUUGUCCGUGAAGCCCACGGAAAUGACGGAUUUGUUUCAAACCAUUAUGCAUAGUCAUAACCCCAAUUGGCGAGAUAUACAACAGCUGUUAGCAACGUUGCUAACAGCGGAAGAGAGAGAGAAAUGCAAAGCAGGAAUGCGGGAGGUUUUUAGAGAACGAUACCAUACGGAAGCAGAUAGGGCUCAGAAACUUUUGGAAGAGGCACCGGAACGGGAUCCUGGAUGGGAUCCCAAAGUAGCCGGUGACCUGGCAAAAAUACAAACGUAUCAAACUUUGAUAGUGGCAGCUCUCAAGAAAGCAGGGAAGCCCCCUGUGAAUUUGUCUAAGCCCUCGUUGGUUAUGCAGGGAGCGGAUGAGAGUCCAGAGGCAUUCCUUCAGAGGUUGAUUGAGGCUUAUGAGUUGUACACUCAAAUGGACCCGAGGGCUCCAGAGAAUGUAAGGAUGUUGAAUGAAAGAUUUAUUGCGCAAAGUGCAUUGGACAUUCGUAAGAAAUUGCAAAGGUUAGAGGGAGCAUUGGGAAAGAACACCACUGAAUUGGUGGAGGUGGCUAGAAAAGUGUAUGUUAAUAGAGAUAAGGUUGAGAAAAAGGACAAAGAUGACCGUAUGCAUAAGAAGACAGAAUUGUUGGCGUUGGCCUUACAGGGAGGAAGGGCAGGCUUAGGGCCAAAUCAAUGUGCCCAUUGUGGAUCUGAAGGUCAUUGGCAGAGAGAGUGUCCAAAGAGGUUAGCUCUCAGGGGACGUGGAGUGUUUAGAGGUCUGCCCGGGCGACGCCCGCUGGGCCGCAAUAUGGCAGGUCGGGGAAUGACUGGGCGAGGGAUGGUGACAGGCCAAGGGGGGCCACCCAGACCUCCAGGUCGUGGAUGGGGGUCGCAACCGACUCAGGGUCCAAAAGGAAGAGGGUUUAAUGCUCAAGUAGGUGCAGGAGUAGAGGGUAUUGGACUAGCCGGAGUCGGUUGGUCAGAUUGA